AUGUACCGAACUAUCUGGAUGAAGUCUGCUGACGCUACUACUUCUACUUAUGAACCUAUUCCAUCUGUACCUUCUAAGGCAGUUUUGCUGAUUUUUCCACCUUUGUUUCAUAAGGGUAGUUUGAUAUUGAAAGAUUUGUUAAAGUCUAAGUAUUCUAUCAUCGAGAAAAUUACUUUGGAAUCAUCAAGCCAGGAUGUUAUAAGUUGGAACACCUGGAAUGUUAUCGACAAUGGCAAAUACUUACCUCUUAAACUAGAACCUAGUAAAGAUAUUAUUGCGGCUUUGAUACAACGAGAUGGUGUUUACGAAGAUUUGCAUUCGCUGGUUGAGCAAUAUUGUCAUGGAAGCUGUUCAUAUCCUGGUAUGUACUUCUCACCAAAUUCUGUUAUGGCUUUCAGAGAUAUCUCGCAUUUUUUCCCUAGAUACAGAGACGAAAGAGAUUAUUUGAAGAAUUCAAAGGAGUAUCUGGAAGUUCAAGUUUUUCCUGCUCUUAACAAAGCUCUAACUGAGUUAGCCGUACACCGACCAUCUGAUCCAAUUAAAUGGUUAGCCGAUCGCUUGAAUGAGUAA